CCGUUUGAGUCUCAUCUCUCGUGUUUUAGACCGAUUUCACGCUAGGUUGUUCUUGUUUGUGAUAUUUCGGGUCCUAGUACGUGAAAGAAGGUUUGGGCACGAGUUCGGGGUCAAUUGGACGAAGUUGGGGCGUUUGACGAAAAGCUGGAAAAGCCACACGGGCACGUCUAAAAACCCACACGGCCAUGUGACCUGGCCGUGAGACACCAAAUUGCACGGGCAAGCCACACUGGCCGUGUAGGGGACCCCUUGUGGCCGUGUGGAAAGUCCAGGGAGCUCACACGGGCACGCCUAAAAUCCACACGGCCGUGUGGUUUUGGCCGUGUAGCGUACCUGAAGCCACUUAAGUGAAACGUGGCGUUUUGCACACUCACACGGGCACGCCUAAAAAGCCACACGGCCGUGUGGCAUGCCCGUGUGGUCGGAAAUUUCUGGGUUUUAACCUAAUUUUGAGCCAAAGGAGGGAGAAUCGACUUUUUGGAGCAAAAACAGAGCCCUAGAGAGAGAAAGUGCGAAGAACACCUCCUAAGAGUGGUUUUGGAGCUGGGUUUCAUCAAUCAAGCUUGGAAAUCAUCCUUGGAGUGAAGAUCAUCAUCCCAGAGCAGAUUUUCCUCAUCGUUAAGAGUAUGACUGUUUUGUAUUCUGUUUUCCUCUAUCUCUCUAUGGAGUAGAACCCUGUCUCACUUGGGUGUGAAGAACCCUAGUUCCCUGUGUUAGGGAUCUUGAUUGUAAUGAGUUGGGAUUGUUAUACUGUUUGGUUUUAAUCGAAUGAUGCAUGAUUCAUUGAAUCAAUUGAAGUCUGAUCAUCUUUUCUUGAUUUCUACUGCAACCUGAGAUAGAUAGAAUCUGAUUAGGUUGUUAGAGCUUCAUCAUUCGGUAGUGGUAGAUUGGUUAUACGAGAGUUAAUCAAUCUACUGCUUUGUACUGGAAACCAAUUCCAGUAGUGGAGUUCAGUGCUUAUUGCUUUAGCUUUCUAUCCCGGUGAAGACUAGUCGUCUGCCGGGUAGUUGGACUGAGAGGGCUUGGUCAACUUAAGAGAUUUGAGUCACUUCUACUGUCACUCCAGGAAUUGGCCAAGUGAAACCACUUCCUAAAGCGUAGUAUAGCGGGUUUAGGUUUAAAUGUCAACCCGGGUCCUAGAUUUUAUGACUACUCAGUGAACUCUUGUUAUCUAGCAAUGAAACUUUAAUGCAAGUUCAAACUAACAAACUAACAAAGCAAGUAAAUGGUUGUAUUCAAGGUAAGAGAGGUCACCCGGAUAUGGUUCCCCCUAGACUGCAGUUAAGCCGGAUUGCAAUUACCAAGUUCAGUUUCUAUGAUAGUUAUACUGCGGAAGGUUCUUAAACGGCCUGAAGUCUCGACUAAAGGUCUUCAGACCCUCUCAAUUUGAGUCUCUAGCGGGCGACUAACCUCCACCGGAGUAAACAGAUUGAGGCCAUAACAAACAAAACCUCCACUACCGGAGUAAAUCCGGUACAGAAUAAUGAGUUGGCUCCUCGACUAAAGUCACCAACUCCCUACCUUCAAUCAAGGAUGCUCUAUCAACCUAGGCAGAUAUUCUCAUUCUAGGUUAAAGCAGAAACAACAGGAAUUUGAUCAGGAUUCAUGUCAUUCAAUCAAUCAAACCUCAAUUGAAUAUAAUCAAAUCAUAGAAUCAGUACUUGGGUUCAUACAAUCAAAGCCUAACAUACAAAUCUAGGGUUCUCCAUACCCAGAUGAAUGGGAGAACUACUCCAUGGAGAAAGAAGCAAAAGCAGAAUCAGACGCGGAAUUCAUACUGUGAAGGAUGGAUUCCUGCUCCUGGACGUUGAUCGGCACUUCUCCAAGCUCAAACUGGCCUCCAAUGGUGAUGAAGAUCAAGCUAGGGCACUUGGAGACUCUUGUUCGUCACUUUUUCUCUCUAGGAAUCGCUCUAUCUCUCUCAAAACUCCAAUCCCCUUCUGUUUUGGCUGAAAUCUGCUUAAAAGGGCAUCAGUGGCCAAAGCACGGUCGAGGGCACGGCCGUGCUUUGCUUCAGCCCGCCGGUGCUUUGGCUAGGGUUAAUUACACGGCCACCUGUUGGUGAAAACACGGCCAUGCUUUUGAGAGGACACGGCCGUGCUUUGGUUGACACGGCUGUGCUUUCAGCCCGUGUUUGCAGCUUGAAUUUGCCAAACUCAAUUAGCUCUCGGCAGUAAAAGCACGGCCACAGAACACGGUCUUUGGUUGACACGGUCGUGCUUUCAGCCCGUGUUUGCAGCUUGAAUUUGCCAAACUCAAUUAGCUCUCGGCAGUAAAAGCACGGCCACAGAACACGGCCGUGUUCUGUUUUAGGUGUGCCCGUGUUUUGGCUCCAGCUCGACGAAAUGACUUCCGAAUGCCCCGAAACUCGUGCUCAGCCUUUCCUUUGACGCCUGGGACCUGAAAUAUGACAAAAUAGCACAACCCGGUGUAAAAUAGGCCAAAAAUACACGACUAUGCCCCUCAAUCGGAUAAGAACUAGGGGCGCAAAUACGUGCAAUUACAUCGUUAUCAAAUUCCCCCACACUUAACCGUUUGCUUCUCCCCAAGCAAACCUAACUCAAACCAAUGCAACUCUCCAGACCUCUAUAGCAACAAACAACCUAUAUCGUAGGUAGAGGACUUCCUAGAUCAUUUAGCAACUUACGAGGUCAACCGACGCACAAGUCAUCUCAUAGCUCCUUCGGCGAGAGCACUAGUAUCGAGUCGGCAUCAUGGCGAAUAGUGAACAGAGGACAAAUGAAUUGUGGAUGAAGAGAUUCUCAAAAACAAAGGAUCAUGGACUCACAUUUUUCAAGGUGCUCUAUUUUCUUCUUGAAGAUGGUUGGAACCCCUUUUCUUUCUGUUUUGCUUGUUUUCUGUUAUUUUUUUUUCUUUUUUUUUUUCUUUCAAGGGUCCCAACCUGCUCUUACCGGCCAUGCCAGGAGCGGAUGUCUCGAGCCUCGUGUGGGGGAAAGACAUGUAAGGGGGCUGGAGGUAGUAGGUGGAAAUUGGGAACGAAUUCCCGUCUCCCCUUACACACUUUCGCCCUAUUCGCACGGGAGACGUUAUUUUAAAGCACAUUUUCGAGUACCUGUUAAACUCAAAACAUGAAACAAGAGUCCAUGACAUGUAGAGAGUCCACAACACCACACAAUUCAAGGGUCCUAAGAUCACUAAUGCACUCAAUCAACCAACACAAUAUGAAGAAGAAAUGAGACUUCCUAAAUGCAUCAACAUCCUCCAUAGUGCUACACUACCUCCCUAGGUUGCAUAUUACUAUAAAGACUGUCAAUUCAA